CGCUGCUGCUAAAGCAGAGCGAUCAUGGCGGAGCGCGUUCAGCAACCCCCAGCUAAACGGCUCUGCUGCCGACCCGGGUAUAACACAACAUGCAGACAAGGCCAACGGGCCGGUGGACCAGUAUGUGGCGGUUCUGGUGCUGGCCAGGGGGGGUCCAGCAAGACCCAGAGCCCGGAAUCCCUCUUGGACAUCGCGGCAAGGAAAGUAGCGGAGAAGUGGCCCUUUCAAAGGGUGGAGGAACGUUUCGAAAGGAUCCCAGAACCCGUUCAAAGACGGAUCGUCUACUGGUCUUUCCCUAGGAGCGAACGGGAGAUUUGCAUGUAUUCCUCGUUUAAUACAGGCGGGGAAGAGGCAGGGGCCAGCGGGGAAAACAGUGACGAGACACGGCUGCCUUUCCGCCGGGGUAUCGCUCUAUUGGAGAGUGGCUGUGUGGACAACGUACUGCAAGUCGGCUUCCACCUCAGCGGCACGGUGACGGAGCCGGCCACGGCGUCCGACCCGGAGGUGGUGUGCAGCGUGGCCAUCUCCUUCGACCGCUGCAAGAUCACGGCCGUCACGUGCGGCUGCGGCAACAAGGACAUCUUCUACUGCGCCCACGUGGUGGCGCUCUCGCUCUACCGCGUGCGGCGGCCCGAGCAGGUCAAGCUGCACCUGCCCAUCUCCGAGACGCUCUUCCAGAUGAACCGCGACCAGCUGCAGAAGUUCGUGCAGUACCUCAUCACCGUGCACCACACGGAGGUGCUGCCCACCGCCCAGAAGCUGGCCGACGAGAUCCUCUCGCACAACUCGGAGAUCAACCAAGUGCACGGUGCGCCGGACCCGACGGCGGGUGCGAGUGUGGACGAUGAGAACUGCUGGCAUCUGGACGAGGAGCAGGUGCAGGAGCAGGUCAAACUCUUCCUCUCACAGGGCGGCUACCACGGCUCGGGGAAACAACUCAACCUUCUGUUCUCAAAGGUGCGUGAGAUGUUGAAGAUGCGUGACUCCAACGGUGCGCGGAUGUUGACGCUGAUCACAGAGCAGUUCAUGGGCGACCCCCGACUGGCACUCUGGAGGCAACAGGGGACCACCAUGACCGACAAGUACAGACAACUAUGGGACGAACUGGGUGCGUUGUGGAUGUGUAUAGUGUUAAACCCCCACUGUAAAGGCGAGCAGAAGGCGUCGUGGCUUCGGCAGCUGAAGCGGUGGAACAGCGUGGACGUCUGCCCCUGGGAGGACGGUAACCAUGCCAACGAGCUGCCCAACCUCACCAACGCGCUGCCCCAGGGCGCCCACGGCAACCAAGACCCCGGGCGGCCACACAGGACAGUGUUUACGCGUGCCAUCGAGGCGUGUGACCUGCACUGGCAGGACAGCCACCUGCAGCACAUCAUCAGUGAAGACCUCUACACAAACUACUGUUACCACGACAACACUGACAGCUCGCUCUUCGACACCCGCGGAUGGCCGCUGUGGCACGAACACGUGCCGACGGCGUGUGCGCGGGUGGAUGCACUCCGUUCCCACGGCUACCCCAGAGAAGCACUCCGAUUGGCCAUCGCCAUCGUCAACACGCUGCGGAGACAGCAACAGAAACAACUAGAGCUCUUCAGAAAUUACAAGAAAGACCUGCUGUGUAAAGGCGUGACGUCGAUCACCAAUCCCGAGGGGUGGGUGGGGCAUCCGCUGGACCCAAUAGGAACGCUCUUCAGCACGCUCAUGGAGACGGGACGAGAGGACGAGGGAGACAGCUCAGGUUCCUCGGGUUCCUCGGUGAAGUGUAUGGACUCGUCGUCGUCGUCGGGUCUGCUGCUGUCGGGGUGGGCGUGCGGCCGGCGCUUCGUGGAGGAGGGCGAGAGCCUGGUGGCCCUGGCGGUGGAGGUCUGCAUCAUGGGCCUCGGACAGCAGCGCAGCAUGCCCGACGGACUCUACGCACAGGAAAAGGUGUGUCGUAAUGAAGAGCUGCUGAUCGCCAAGCUUCAGGAGGUGCACCUGGACGACACGCUCGUCAAAAUCUUCCGCAAGCAAGCCGUCUUCCUCUUAGAAGGUGGUCCCUAUAGUGGUCUGGGCGAGCUGGUCUACCGUGAGAGUGUUCCCAUGCACACCUUUGCCAAGUAUCUCUUCACCUCCCUGCUACCUCACGACGCUGAACUGGCCUACAAAAUUGCACUGAGAGCCAUGCGGUUACCGGUAUUGGAAUCAUCGGCUCCAUCGGGUGACCUGUCUCGGCCGCAUCACAUCGUGUCCGUGGUGCCCAAUAGAUACCCGCGCUGGUUCACCCUCAGCCACAUAGAGUCACAGCAGUGUGAACUGGCAUCCACCAUGCUCACCGCAGCUAAAGGUGACGGUCGGCGGUUAGAAACAGUAUUAGAGUCCAUUCAGAAGAACAUCCACACAUCGUCCCACAUCUUCAAGCUGGCCCAGGAUGCCUUCAAGAUCGCCACGCUCAUGGACAGCCUGCCCGACAUCACGCUACUCAAGGUCUCGUUGGAGCUCGGACUACAGGUGAUGAGGAUGACGUUGUCGACGUUAAACUGGAGACGGCGGGAAAUGGUGCGGUGGCUGGUCACCUGCGCAACGGAAGUCGGUGUGUAUGCGCUGGACAGCAUCAUGCAGAGCUGGUUCACUCUCUUCACGCCGACGGAGGCCACGAGCAUCGUAGCCACCACGGUGAUGUCCAACAGCACCAUCGUGCGCCUCCACCUCGACUGCCACCAGCAGGAGAAGUUGGCGGGGAGCGCCCGCACCCUUGCCCUGCAAUGCGCCAUGAAGGACCCGCAGAACUGCGCCCUGUCGGCCCUGACGCUGUGCGAGAAGGACCACAUCGCCUUCGAGACGGCCUACCAGAUCGUGCUGGACGCGGCCACCACGGGCAUGUCCUACACGCAGCUGUUCACCAUCGCGCGCUACAUGGAGCACCGCGGCUACCCCAUGCGGGCGUACAAGCUGGCCACGCUGGCCAUGGCCCACCUCAACCUCAGCUACAACCAGGACACGCACCCGGCCAUCAACGACGUGCUGUGGGCCUGCGCCCUCAGCCACUCGCUGGGCAAGAACGAGCUGGCCGCCAUCAUCCCCCUGGUGGUCAAGAGCGUGAAGUGCGCCACGGUGCUGUCGGACAUCCUGCGGCGCUGCACGCUCACCACGCCGGGCAUGGUGGCGCUGCACUCGCGCCGCAACGCCGCCAAGCUCAUGUCGCUGGACAAGGCGCCGCUGCGGCAGCUGCUGGACGCCACCAUCGGCGCCUACAUCAACACCACGCACUCGCGCCUCACGCACAUCAGCCCGCGCCACUACAGCGAGUUCAUCGAGUUCCUCAGCAAGGCGCGCGAGACGUUCCUCAUGGCGCACGACGGACACAUACAGUUCACGCAGUUCAUAGACAACCUGAAGCAGAUCUAUAAGGGCAAGAAGAAACUCAUGAUGCUGGUCAGGGAGAGGUUUGGAUAAAACACAUGGCACCACCGCCCCCUCCUCCCCUGACCCGCCCCGACCCUCCUCAGACCACCAACACACACACGUGCAUGUACAUACAUGGCUGUAUGUGUGUGUGUAUGGGAGAGGUGAUGGUUGGGGGGUGAGCAGCAUCACUCACAGACACACCCCAUUCUCUCUGCCCUUACUUAACUUACUUGAGUUUUGCCUUUGUAUCGUUUCUAACUUAAAAGUGACGGACAAGUAUACACGUACAACACGUACAACACACACACCCACACACACACACAACGCACUAACACUUACAAACACUUACACACACACACACACAGACACGGUGAACUGAUGGAAGACGCGGACUGGAGUAAAUGGAAAAAAACGCGGACUGCAGUAAAGACGCGGACUGGAGUCAGGACCCGGAGCCACAGUGGUAUUAUACAUGUGUAUAGAACUGUUAGUUUGCAAAGAAAAAAAAGACAAAAAAAACAAAAACAAAAACAAACAUCAAACAGAAAGUGUCAUGUCGUGGACGUUUGUGUGUUUCCCUUCAUUUUUGUAUGAACGAACGAGUGCGAAAGAAAGAGCGUGAAAAGAGGAAAAAAAGAAAACGAAAAGAAAAAGUGAUGUUUUGGUUUACACUGAGUAUAUGUUGCCCAGAGGCUGAAGCCCACAUAGCACUCCUCCUAAACUCUGUUCCCACGUCCAGCCUCACACACACACACACACACACACACACACACACACACACACACACACACACACACACACACACACACACACACACACACACACACACACACACACACACACACACACACACACACACACAUACUCCAAACACUCUGUUCCCACGUCCCGCCUCACACACAC